AUGGAUAGUGGGGACCAAAGGGGCCAUGCGGCACAGGAUGAGGAGACCAUGUGCACAUCUGCCUCCGAGGGUCUGGAGGAGGGUGAGGUUGAAGGUGAAACUCUGCUCAUCGUGGAGUCUGAGGACCAGGCGUCUGUCGAUUUGUCCCAUGACCAGAGCGGAGACUCUCUGAACAGUGAUGUCGGGGAGGACGGAGAGGGGAGCUGGAAUGAGGACAUGUCCUUUUACUGCGACAAGUGCCACAAGUGGAUCCCGUCCGCUCAGCUUCGUGGGGAGCAGCCCAGCUACCUGAAAGGAGACAACUUCUUUAAGUUUAUCUGCUCGGACUGCGCAGAAGAUGGAAAGGAGAGUUUUGAGAGAAUGAGGUUGACCUGGCAGCAGGUGGUGAUGUUGGCCAUGUAUAACCUUUCUCUAGAAGGCACAGGACGCCAAGGCUAUUUCAGAUGGAAGGAGGACAUUUGCGCAUUUAUCAGUCGGCACUGGACCUUCCUUCUUGGCUCCAGAAAGAAGACGUCCACGUGGUGGAGCACUGUGGCGGGGUGUUUGUCUGUCGGCAGCCCAACGUUUUUCCGUUCUGGAGCGCAGGAGUUUGGAGAGCCCGGCUGGUGGAAGCUAGUUCAGAACCGGCCACCUACGCUACGACCUGAGGGGGAAAAGAGCUCUGCCGCGUCACUAAAGGCCAAAGCUGUGUCAAAGCCAUCCUUGGACCCCAUCAUCACAGUAGAGGGUUUAAGGAAGCGUGGAGGUCGAAACCCAGUAGAGAGCGCCAUCCAGCUGAAAGAGAAGCGUUCUCGUACACAGGAAGCUAAGGAGAUCCGUCGUGCGCAGAAGGAGGCUGCCGGCUUUCUCGACCGCAGCGCUUCAUCCACACCUGUGAAAAUGGGUAACCGCGUGCGACGGUCUGAACCUUAUCUUGAGAAAGGCGAAGUCAUCGACUUUUCCUCCCUCAGCUCAUCAGACAGAACCCCUCUCACUUCUCCCUCGCCCUCCCCUUCGCCCGACUUUUCUGCACCUGGGACGCCCGCCUCGCACUCUGCUACACCCAGCCUGUUGUCGGAGGCUGAUCUUAUUCCGGAUGUCAUGCCCCCUCAGGCGCUGUUCCAUGAUGAUGAAGAAUUGGACGCAGAGGGCGUUAUUGACCCCGGCAUGGAGUAUAUCCCCCCUCCCAGCAUGCCGUUGGCAACCGGCACCAUCAUGGUCAGAAAGAAGCUGCGUCCAGCUGAGCUGAUCAAACAAGAACUGGAGAGCGAAGAUGAAGAACGGGCUAGAGAUGCCGAGGAAGACGAGGGUCAGGACGAAGGCUUGUUGGCAACAAGGGGACGUGGUGCAGAACGAAGGAAGAUACUUCAGGAUAAGGGCGAGGGAUGUGUGUCUAUGCCCACACCACACUACACAUUCAUCAGCUUAUAUGAGGAACGCAUGCUGCUCCACAAGCUGGAGGCGUGUCCACAAGCCUUAGCCGUCACGCCGCAAGCCAAAAGGCUUCAUCGCAAGCUGCUGGUGCGACAAGCCAAAAGGGAGCGAGGACUUCCCCUGCUUGAUGUGGAUCAGGCUGUUAGCGCUACGCUUAGCCUGGUGGGGGGCUUGUAUGGGGCACAGGGGGGUCUGGCCAGCCACAGGACGAGCGGAGGAGAGAAAUAUAGGACGACAAGCCAGGACCUUCGUAUUCUUGAUCGCUUUCAGUCAUCAGUGUCCGUAAGGAAAGGCUUCUACCAGACCACUGUGUCUUUCUGCCACAGGCUGAUGGGUUCUGAUGUCUACAUGGAUCAGAACAUCAAGAGCCCCUACACGUCCAGAGUACUCAAGCCGUACAUCAGGAGAGAUUAUGAGAAUCGACCACUGAAGCUCCGUUUGCUCUCAGAGAUCCGUGCCUAUCCUCACAGGAAGGAUCCAUCAUGGGUCCCUGAAUCUGACGCACCUAUAGACUACUGCUAUGUGCGGCCUAAUCACAUCCCCUCUGUCAACUCCAUGUGCCACGACAUCUUCUGGCCUGGUAUCGACUUAUCAGAGUGCCUGCAGUACCCAGACUUUAGUGUCGUGGUGCUCUACAAGAAGAUUGUGAUUGGUUUUGGUUUCAUGGUCCCAGAUGUGAAGUACAACGAGGCCUACAUCUCCUUCUUAUCAGUGCAUCCGGAGUGGAGGCGAGCCGGCAUCGCCACGUUCAUGAUCUACCAUCUCAUUCAGACCUGCAUGGGAAAGGAUGUUACUCUACACGUAUCGGCGAGCAACCCUGCCAUGCUGCUCUACCAAAAAUUCGGUUUUAAGACUGAGGAAUACAUUCUGGACUUCUACGACAAAUACUACCCAGUGGACAGUAAAGAGUGCAGACAUGCAUUCUUCCUACGCUUGCGACGCUGAGGAUUCCAGGUUUGAUGGUUAAGGUUGGUGCCAGUUGUUCUAAACAGGCACUUUGUCUAGCCACAUUAUGAAUCACAGCACAAACUGGAGACAUAGUCAUACUUGCUCACAUUUACUCACAUUUGAGGUGUAAUAUGAUGUGUGAUGUCAUUUUCUAUUUGUCUUGAUGUGUCAAUGAAAGGGGAGAAUUUCGUGUUUCUUUUCAUAGACCGGCGUGAUGUGUCACAUAUUUGUAUCCGUUUGCAAUAGUACAAAUAAAAAUGCUGGCAAAUAA